CACCACCCUGCUCAAACUUUUAUAAAUAUGUCUGCAAGAAGCUUGACGAAGCCAAAGAUCCAGCAGAAUACCGAGAACUUAAACAUCAUGUGGACAUUCGUAAGAUACUUUAUGGUCUACUCACGAGCCGUCUUGUUCAUCGGGGCGAGGAUAUGAAUGCAACGGAUAUGGUGAAAGCUGCAUACCGCUCAUGUCUGGGACAUUACGGAUACUAUGAAGGCGAACCUGCAGCCAUUGGGAGAGUGCUGAAAGAGCACGGCAUUGAAGAUUGGCCAUCGAUGAAAAAGUUUAGAAGCUACCUAGACGUUUUGAAGAUUACAGGUCUGGAGCCUCUAUUUCAUAUUGAGGUGACAAGAACCAAGCAAAAUUUCCCCACAAACAUAAUUCAGCUCACUACAGCCUCAUCGUAUGCACUGCCGUGGACAGAGUGGCCAAACAAUGGAAUUGGCAAGAGGAGAGCUAUGGCAAUCGAAACUGAACAUAAAUAUUUGAUAAAAAAUAUUAUUCUCUUGCUCAACAAUAAUGCGCAAAAUCUCGAAACCAUGGCGAGGAGCAUCAUUAGCAUGGAAAAAGCUAUGGCUAAGUUGGACGAAAUGCGACGAGAUAAAGUAUACGGUUUCUGGACAGAACCUACUCUAUCUUUAUUCGAUUUGAGUCAGUAUUUCGAAAACAGAUUUCCACUUUCGAAGCUACUAGUUGCUCAUUUCAAAAAGGCCAAUAUAACACUGACAUCAAACGAUCGGGUUCACUUGCCGUUUUUUCAUCUCACUCGUGCUGUUGUUAAGUGGACCGAGUGGGUAAACAGUACGGACCUGUACAAUUUUAUUGGCUGGCUUCGGAUUCUGAAAUAUAUUAAAGUUGCCGGAGGACGACUAACCCAGUAUUUGGAAGAAUUUGAAGAAAACACCAAGUUCAGUCUUCGAGAUCCAAAAGGUUGGGAAGACGUCUGCCUCGAUGCGUUAGUAACAGAUGAAACUACCAUGUACACGCCAGCAGCAAAUUUAUAUCUGGAAAAAUACUUUUCCCCGGAAGAAAAAAUCAAGGCAUUGGAUAUGGUCCGGAACAUUGAAGCCCAGUUGGUGACCUUAGUUAAUGAGAACCCCUGGAUGAAUACAAGGUCAAAGGAUAUAGCCACAGAACGGAUCCAAAAAAUAAAUCUUCGAAUUGGUUAUGAUGAUUUCUUUGUGGAUAUGCCCUACAUAAACAAUCUCUACACAUUCGUGAAUAAAAAGAGCUUCCAGCAAGACAUACCAUUCAUUGAAAUAUAUUAUGAGCUUCAUAAGAACGAAGAAUUGAACGUUUUGAAAAUGUUGCGUAAGAGGGAAUCUAAGUACGAUUAUCGUUUUGGACCUUUCUUGACCCAUGGUUACUACGACGGCCACAGAAACACAUUACUAUUUCAAGCAGCUGCGCUUCAAGGGCGGCUCUCUGAAGAAAGUAUACCAAAAUCAUACAUAUAUGGAGGACUUGGAGCUACAUUAGCAUUCCAUCUUGCCCGGACUGCAGAGGCGACAUAUUGGGAUGGAAAUGGGACGUCUGUUACAGGAGCACGAUUUAUUUCGGAUGGAAAAUCAAUGGACUCACAGUGUCGUUACGGAAACACAAAACCUGUGGAAGUAAAGAUGGAAGAACUUUCAUUUGCGGCCUACGUAGCGUCGCACUUGGCCUUCAAGGCGUACAAGAGUGUUCUUAAUGACACAAACGUUGAGUAUACUCUCCCUAUCCAUAAGGCACUGACACCUGAGCAACUAUUCUUCGCGACUUUUGGACAGCGGUACUGCAAAGGAGCUGGACAUCGGUUUUCUGCGAAAGAAAGAGAAAAACGGUUAAACCUUCAAAUGAAGCUUGAUCCAUUUUUUGCGGAAACGUAUUCCUGUCCGAAAUAUAACGCCAAACUCAAACAACAGUGCAAAGAACAGCCCAAGGAACGAAAACCCCCCAAGCCUCCAAAGAAAAAUACACUGAUGCUUGCCGCAGUAGGGGCCGUCGUUCAACUACUCUUGGCCAACAAUAUCAGCGAUUUGGAGGGAACGAAUAUCCAAACUCUCGAAGCAGCUCUAAUAAAACUGCCGUGA